CUUCACACACUUUCUUCCGGUACCAAGUAGAAUUCAAACCACGAAUCAAACAUACAACAUUGUCAGAGAUACAAUGUAGAACAUGGCAAUAAGGUUAAUAGUUAAUGUAGAUUUACCCUUUUCUGUAUUGUAUUUAGUUUGAAACAUGGAUAAAUUUGUUGUUCGUGGACCAAAGGCAGACAGGGCGAAACAGGAACCAAAACAAGAGAGGAAUUACAAACAAGCAACAUUAGAGUCCCUGCGAAGAGUGGUUGUAAUUGAAGAUAUAGAAAGGUACAAGUCAAUCCUUGAACUGCCUGGCCAACCUAAAGAGAACAUAAUAGAAGCCUUGAGAGAACUAGACAAGAAAGUGCCUUCCAAAGAAGUGCUAAAGACUACUAAAAUUGGGCACACUGUUAACAACCUUCGCAAAUACUCUGAGGAUGCUGUGGUCAAAUCACUUGCUGGGGAAGUGUACACACAUUGGAGGACCUUCAUUGAUGAGCAUGCAAACAAACCCUCAAUAGAAGUACGCUGUGACAAGCAGACUGAAGGCUUAAGGAGUAAUGCCAGGAAACUCCUUUCUGAAGCCUUGGAGUUGAAGAUGGAGCACGGACUGGUGGAGAACAUUGAGCGAGAGGUGUUUCACCAAAGCUCUCGGCUUGUUAGUGGCCCCUACAGAAGAACAGUUAGGUCUAUUGUCUUUGCUCUAAAACACAAGCCUGAAUUGAGAGCACAAGUCAAGGAUGGAAAAAUACCAGUGAAUAAAUUUGUAAGCAAUCACCAGAAAAAACUGUGAAGAAGAGGAGAUUUCCAAUUUUGGACAACAAUACAUUUGAGCCUUUUUUAUUGUUCACAUUUUUUAACAUUUUUAAACUGUAAUUUAAUCAAUAACUUGGGACCAUUUUUAACUUAAGAUCUUGUUUAAGUACAACAUUUGUCUUUUUACACUUCAAUUAUCAGUAUGUUUUUAUUGAUAGCAAAUAUAAAACAGUACAAAAAUAGAGGUUUAUCCAUUAUACAGCCAAUUAAUUGCACACCUAUAGGAGCACCAACCACACAACCGCAAUUAACAUGAGGAUGACUGCAAGAACACAAAUGCUUAUGAAGAUGAUGUCACUGGUCUCAUGGGGUUCGCUUUCAUCAUCCUCAUUCUUUGUGCUUGAUUCCUUGGCUAGACGUGCCAGUUCGUUGAGCCUGUUACGUUC